AUGGGGCCCCUGUUCGGGCGCCACCUGUCACAGCAGGUGGAAAUGAAGGGUCCAGUGACGAAAGGGGAUGAAGAGAAGCUGCUCAUGCUGCUGGAGCUAAAAGAUGAUUUGAGUGCUAAAACCAGGAACUCCAGUGUGUGGAUCAACGUGUGCCUGUCGGACAAAGCCCUGCAGGAGUUCCUGGUGAACACCGUGCAGAGCUGCCAGGAGUCACCUCCAGAAAACACCACCUCUAUCAAGGUAAUGCUGAGGAGUCUCCUGAAUCCUCAUAUCUACUCUGUCAAGGACUUCCCUGAGGCUUCCUUCAUUAUGCAAUGGAUCUUCCAGACUGAGCACCUGCUUCCCAGACCGCCAAAAGUCUCUGAGCUUCAGGAGCUCAUCAAAACACUGCAGCAAAUGAAGGAGCACAUCCAUGCUGUCACCUAUGCACCAGGAAGCUCUGCUUCUGACGUUCAUGAAGCAAAGAUAGAAGCCACCCUGACCAGCAGCCUCGCCAUUUAUUCCUUACUGCAGUCUCUCCAGGAACAGGCUCAGAAGGACAUGGAACUCUUGGUGCUCUUGAUUGUGACCAGCACAGGGUACCAGGUGGAAAGCAGCACUUUUCAGCACCUACUUGGACACCCAGAAAUUCAGUACAUGGCCAAGGAAAUGGAAGCGGCACACGAGGAGUACGUGAACCUGAAGGAGCAAGAUGCCAGCAGAGCUCAGGCCUUCCUCCUGCUGAGGGGUCUGACUGUGACACCCGAAAGUCAAGAGCUGUCCCAUGAGCAGAAGAGGGAGCGAUUAGUUUUCAUGGAAGAUCACAUGAAAGACUUGUGGUCCACACGGAUAAAGAAUCUCCUCCAAAAGCACAGUGGAGGUGAGAACUGGGAGAGGCUGGAACGGGAUUUGGAUUCCUUGAUCAGUGGGUGCUUGGAUGACAAAUGGGAUGAACAGAGGAUGCAGAACAUACUUAGAGACCUGGAAGACACUUUUCCAACACCUGAAGACCCCAGUCAAUCCCAAUCUAAGUCAGAUAGCAGCAAAUCCAAAGCAAAUGAAGCCAUGGCAAACCAGGAGUUCCUCCAGUUGCUCAAGCGCCUUGGACUGGCAGUCGACUCCUUUGAAGAGUUUUUUGACAAUCUGACAGAACCAGCCCCUGAACAUGAAAGCAUCGACAGCCAUGUGCACCCCAUGGACCUGCAGAUGGCCAUUUUCCAUUGUGCUGAUGACUUCCUGAGACAGACCCUUGCAACCAAGCUGGCCUUCUGCCAACUGGCGCUGCCUCUGCUGCUGCCCAACCCGAGCACUUCACGCAUCGAGUUCCUGCUCUACGCCCUAAGCCAUAUACAAAGGAGCUGGAAAGAAGUGGAGAAGUCAGGAAAGCAGGCCCAAACAAAGAGUUACAACAACAAACUCAUCUUUCAGGCACAGACACCCAUCGUGUCCUUCAUCCGCAUUGGCAGCUCAGCCUCCUCUUCCAAGUCCCAGCUCCUGAACGCUCUGCUGAGCAAACGCAAACACGACACUUUCUUCCACCGCCACUGCAGAGGCAGCACCAGAGAGCGUUUGCUGAUGGAAGGGCUGGUGGAGAUCGCCUGGUACUGCCCCCGUGAAAACCCCGAUGACACCUUUGGGCGCUGCGUGGCUUUCUGUAACCUGCAUGGAGAUGCCAGGGAUCAUGGAGCACAGCUGCAGUUCCUGCGGGAGAUAUCUGCUGUCAACGUGGCUCUCGUAUCUGAGUUGGACCACAUGGACAGCAGGGGGAAAAAGCUUCUGCAGGACCUGUGGCAGUCGCAAAGCCCUUUGGUUUGUCUUCUCACGGAACAAGAGAAUGUUGCAGCUGGACAAGCCAGCAAAAACAUAAAAAUAGGGAUCAAAAACAGAAACGAAGCAGAAUUGAUGGACCAACUGACCAAAACUAUCAGUGAUCUCCUGGAAGGGACUAAUGCAGGUUUCAGCCUGGAGGCCUGAGCGGACAAACCUCGCCAGCAUGGAUUCGUAGUGGAUGCAGAUCAACCUGCAUGUGUGACAGCCAAAGCAAAGGCAAAGGAGCUGGUGGAGUUUCUGAAGAAAGAGAAGCUGUCUGAGAUCAAGUCCCAGCUGCUGCCGCUUCAAGGAAAACUGUGGUACCAGUGGUGCCAAAAGGACAAAGAACUCACUCGCUUGCAGGAGAAGAGGAACAAGAGCAUUGAGCAUCAUCGAAGCCAAAUUGAAAAUGAGAAGAAAGCAAUAAGAGAAAAGCAACUGAAGCAAGCUUUCCCUCUCAACCCACUGAUGAAAUCAUUCCUUGGCUUCCUCCAGGCCCAGCCAGCAGGCACCAAGAAAUACUUCCUGCAGUGGAUGAAGGUCUUUAUGGAUGAGCUGUCUUGUGGUCACCUUGAAGAGCUGAGGAGAGACUAUCACAAGUUAUGGUCUGAAAUCCUGAUGAGAAAGAAAAGCAAGAAAAAACCCAGUGGCAAUGAUGCAUUGUUUGAUGUGAAGACCCACAUUCACUACUUUGUUCACCUGUGGGAAGGAAGCCCCCCAAUGGCACCACCCAACCCCACCUACAGCCAGAACGUCCAGCAACUCAAGAGCAAAAUCUUCCAGGCAGCCAAGAAUCAGUCUCAGUGCAGCAUUUUGAGGUUCUCGAGUCUGAAAGAUCGUAUUGGUGACCUCUGGAAUGCUUUGCUGAAUGAAAACUUUGUUUUCAGCUUCAAGAAUUCCCUGGAGAUUGCUGUGUACAGGAAACUGGAAAGUGCCUUUAGUCAGUGGACCUGGAGGCUGAGGAGUCACAUCUCAGAUGUACAGAUGAGAUUAGAAAAUAAAAUUCGGAAUGGGGACUUUCAGAGUGUCACCAGAGAACACCUUGAAGGUCUGGUGCGAGAGACAAUUGAUGCCAUUGAGAAAGAAGUGGAAAAGUAUUUCAGGGAAGACAGAGACCGUGAGACACUGGUCCAAUGGAAAUCAGGCACAGAGCUGAAGCUGAACGAACUAAAGGAGACUCUUCUUGAUGAAACCAAAAAGAAAUGUGAGAAUCUUAUUGAGCUACAGAAGGAGCAGAGGAAACUGGAUGCAAGGAAGUUGCAAUAUGAAGAUGAGCUCCUGAGAAGGAGUCGGGAGCUGGCUGUGAGUCUGAAGGGGAAAAGCCUCAGUGAGAGAGAACUGGAGGACAACUUUACUCUUGUCUGGAACAAGUGGAUUGCUGAAGUCUCCCGUGAUGCUCGUCCUCGGGAACAGGUGGAUAUUGAUGUAGAAAUUGAAGAUGUCCUUCUUGAGCACUUUAAGGAGCCAGGUAUCCAUGCACAGAUUAUGUCAUUUCCCAAAGGCAGAGGAUUUUCCUUUGAUCCAGAGAAACACAUCAUCAAGAAAAAGUAUUUAGGCUAUUUCUCAGAUCCCAGGAGGCUUUCCAAUGCUGAUGUGAUCAACUUUCAGCACAUCACAGACAACAUCAUAGCGUGUGUGAUAGCAAACAUUGCUAAGAAAGAACAAGAGAAACGGGAUUACAGUCGAAAUUUUAUUCAUGAAAUACUCAAUGAAGUACAGAAAGGUGUGAACUCCGUCCCUAGCAAGGCAAAAUGUAAUUUUAACAGAGAGUAUAGGAGAGAUUUGUCUCUGUAUCUGUGCAAAAUAGCAGCAGAAAGGUUUAAAGCCAUGCACGAAGCAUUCCAAAAGGCAAAUGACCCAGUUGUGUACCUGAGCAGCAAGAGAGAAGAUUUCUUCCAAUGUUUCCAGAUUUCCUGCCAAGGAGCUACUUCGGUCACAACUUUUGCUGUUUUCCUUUGUGACAAGAUUGAACCAGCUCUUUGCCAUGCAGUCUAUGAGAGGACGGCUAAAGACAUUGCUGAGGACAUGCAAGGCCAAUUCCCAGAUUUCCAGGGCAGCAGAGCCAAUCUGGAAGUUUGCAUCCUGAGAUACCUGGCAGAACAGGAAAAUUUUGAAUAUUUCAAGCAGUACCUUACAUCUCCAAAACAAUUUUUUGAGGCUUAUAUUGAGACACGAGUUAGGAAUCACUGUUUAGAUGGGAGUAGGAGGCUGGGGAUGUUUUUAGAUUCCUCCCUUAAUCUUCUCUAUCGAAACAUCCAAUCAGCUGUUUCUUCAUCAACCCAAAUUGUCAAAGACAGAAAAGACAGAGAAGACAAAGUCUCUCUUUGGCUGGAUGGAUUUUGCAGGGAACUGUCAGAGGUGAUCAACUUGCCCAGAAGUGACCUGAAGGGCAUUGAGCACCAGGAGGUCACAGACAUUGAGUUCCUGAGCAGGGCCAUGACAGAAGCUCUGGCUGCCCUGCGGGAAAGGCUCAUGAAAGAAUUGGCUGAUGCUGACCUGAGCUCGUUUUCAAGGCAGCCUCACACCAUCCUGGCAGAGCAUUUUUCAGGGUGCUGGGAGCAGUGUCCAUUUUGUGGGGCUGUCUGCACAAACACCAUGUGGAAUCAUGAUGGAGACCAUCAGCUGGUCUUCCAUCGCCCACAAGCUUUGAAGGGAUGGAGGUGGUUUGGGACAGACCAGCUGGCCAUUGAUAUUUGUUCCAGUGAUGUUGCAAGUGAUGGCUCAUUCAGAGUUCGUGACAAUGAAGAGAUCCCCUACAAGAGAUACCGGGAUGCAGGACCCCCGUAUUCCACUUGGAACAUUCUUCCUGAUUCCUCCAUGCAGGCGUACUGGAAAUGGUUUGUGUCUCAUUUCAGGACACAGCUGGAAGCUCUGUACAAUGGGAAAUUUCAAGGUAGAGGAGAAAUCCCUGAGAUGUGGUGGAGAAUUACUAAGCAGGAAGCACUGUCUGAGCUGGAGAAGCGUUAGGCCCUAUCCUUGGGGAGGAAGAACCACAACAGUUAUGCAGUUUAGGAGAACUUCGUACCAGGCUCUCCACAAAUGCAGUUACAAUGAUGACAUUCUCAAAACAUGUUCACAUAAUGACAUCUAACUUUUCUCAAGUUUGCUGAAAUAAGGCAAGUUACUGUGGCCAUUGCUCAGCAACGCCCCACUUCCUGAGAGAGCCAGAUUUCUCUUGCCUUUUUGCCUGAUCUUUUUAAAGCACCUUGUGAACCUAGAAUCAGAAGUUCUAGGUUCAUUAGCAAUGGAAUUUUGUGCUGAGUUUCAGUACCAGGGAGAUCCACAAUCAAAUGUUAGUCCCCAUCAUCU